UCUCAGUCCGACGUCUUUAUUCUCAGUUCCAAACUUAUGCUAAAAAGCCAAUACAUUAUAUAUAGAGUAAAAAGGGAUUCUUAUAACUAUUUGCGAUAAUGCCUCCUAGAAAGCGCACCGCGGCCGAGGCCGCUUCUACUCCGCGGACCGGUGGGAGCUCGCGCCGUAGAUCCGGCCGUGCCGGCUCGAGUGGCAAGAAGAGCACGUACUUCGAGACCAACGACGACGACGACGAGGGUACCGACGAGUUGAGUAUGGUGAUGCCGCGGCGCAAGGCAGCGAAGACUCAGGCAACGCCGAAAAAGAGGGGAAAGAAGGUGGAGUCGGACGAUGAAUUGCUGGAGGAGGAUGAAAAGAGCGAAUCCGACUUUGAUAGCGGGGAUGAUGGGGAUGGCUAUGUCGAUGAAGAGGAGUCAGAUGACGAGCCGGAAAGCGAAGAGCCGCCAUCUCCGGCGCCGGCGCCGGUGCAGAAGCGAGGUCGCGGGAGACCGCCUAAAACUCCGACGCCGACCAAAGCCGCAGCUGCGAAAAAGUCCAGCGCGAAAUCCCGGAUCUCGGAUACUGCAAAAGCCGAAUCCGAAGAGUCCGAAGCCGAGGAUGAUGAUGAUGAUGACGAUGAGGAGGAUAAUCAGAUUACGUUUAUUCCUGGUGAGCAUGGCCAUUUUCGGUUGAAUGUCUUAGUGUAAGUGAUCAGUAUAGCAGAUUCUAACAUAGAGCAAUGUAGCCAAGA